AUAUUAUAACAAAAUUCCAGCCAAGUACAUUGAAAUAUGAAUUGGGAGAUUGAAAGAAGUUAGCAAGAAAGAGUAGUACAGAGCCGCCUCCAAGUUGCCAAACAAGCUUAUAUAUAUCACCUUCCAGGCAGAGAAAGAGAAAAAAACAAAUAAAAAUGUCAGGAGUUAAAGGUAAUGAUGUAGAAGAAGGAAGUACAACAACAUCAUUAUUGCUAUAUCCAGGAAUUCGAAAUGAUGAAAAUGAUCUUCGUUGGGAUUUCAUUCGCAAAGUUUACUAUAUCCUCGCCUCUCAGAUCCUCCUAACCACCAUCGUCUCUGCUGGAACUGUCCUAUACCUUCCCGUUAACAACAUCCUUCAUGGCAAAACCAUUCUCCUCAUUCUACUCAUUCUACCUCUCUUAUUGUUGUUGCCUUUGUAUUUCUAUAGACAAAAGCAUCCAUUGAAUUUUGUUUUCCUUGGCAUCUACACUAUAACCUUGAGUAUCUCUAUUGGUAUAGCAUGUGCUACUAUAAAUGGAAAAAUUGUGCUUGAAGCCUUGAUUUUAACAUCAGCUGUAGUUUUAUCUCUUACUGGUUACACAUUUUGGGCUUCAAAGAGAGGGCAGGACUUCAGCUUUUUGGGUCCAAUAUUGUUUGCUAGCCUCAAUGUACUUAUCUUGACUGGAUUUUUGCAGGUUGGUCUGCUAGUACCAAAUUCUUUUUCUGUUUCAAUUUAUGAGUUGUUCUUCCCUCUUGGAUCUACAGUCAAUGCUAUUUACUGUGCAGUAAGUGCUAUUGUUUUCUGCGCGUAUAUUGUGUUUGAUACGUACAAGCUGAUUAAGAGAUUCAGCUAUGAUGAAUACAUCUGGGCUUCCGUCCAUCUUUACCUGGACAUCCUCAACCUCUUCCUAGACAUUCUGCGACUGCUCAGGCCGCGAAACACAACUAACUAGGUCCACAUUUCGACCAACUAUUGAUACUGUAUUAUUGUAACAUUGAUCCCUCCGUUCACUUACCUACUUACUCUUAUGUAGAACAGUAUUUUGUAAACAAAACUCUAUUUUGAUAUGGAUUUAACUUCAAGAAUAAAAUUUCAUUAAUGCUACUGUAUAAUAAUUGACUGAGAAAA